AUGUCCCAUACUCCAAUGUUCGAUGCUAAUGAUAAAGCUACCCCAACUGAAGCUAGUGAAGAUGUCAGAAUUCUUGGUUACGAUCCUUUAGUAUCUCCUGCUCUUUUACAGGCCCAAAUUCCUGCUACCCAGAAAUGUCUUGAGACUGCUAAAAAAGGUAGAAAAGAAGCUAUUGAUAUCAUCACAGGUAAAGACGACAGAAUCUUGGUUAUUGUCGGUCCAUGCUCCAUCCACGAUUUAGAUGCUGCUCAAGAGUACGCCACUAAAUUGAAACAAUUAUCCGACGAAUUAAAAGAUGACCUUUGUAUCAUCAUGAGAGCAUACUUGGAAAAACCAAGAACCACUGUUGGCUGGAAGGGUUUGAUCAACGAUCCUGACGUCAAUAACACCUUCAAUAUCAACAAAGGUUUACAAUCCGCUAGACAGUUGUUCGUUAACUUGACUUCCUUAGGUUUGCCUAUCGGUUCCGAAAUGCUAGACACCAUCUCUCCACAAUAUUUGUCUGAUUUGUUAUCCUUCGGUGCUAUCGGUGCAAGAACCACCGAAUCCCAACUACAUAGAGAAUUAGCCUCUGGUCUUUCCUUCCCAAUUGGGUUCAAGAAUGGUACCGACGGUACUUUAACCGUCGCUAUCGACGCUUGUCAAGCUGCUUCUCACUCCCACCACUUCAUGGGUGUCACAAAACACGGUGUUGCUGCUAUUACCACUACUAAAGGUAACGAACACUGUUUCGUCAUCUUGAGAGGUGGUAAGAAAGGUACCAACUACGAUGCCAAGUCUGUCGCUGAAGCUAAGGCCGCCUUACCAAAGGAUGCCAACGGUUUAAUGAUUGACUACUCCCACGGUAACUCAAACAAGGACUUCAGAAACCAACCAAAGGUUAACGAUGUUGUUUGUGAACAAAUCGCUAACGGUGAAACUGCUAUCACUGGUGUUAUGAUUGAAUCUAACUUGUUUGAAGGUAACCAACCCGUUGUACCAGGUGGUAAAGCUGCUUUGAAAUAUGGUGUUUCUAUUACCGAUGCUUGUAUAAGUUGGGAGACUACCGACUCAGUCUUAAGAAAAUUGGCUGAAGCUGUUAGACAAAGAAGAGCUACUUUGAAGAAAUAA